GAAUUUGUAACUUAAAAGUAUUUGACAUAAAGCUUAGUGAAACAGCCUUUAUAACUCAUUCUUCAGUGGCGUUGUAUUUUCUGCGUCAAUCACAUGGAUGGGAUGGAUCAGUGUCACCAGCUAUUAUUUUGGGUUUCGUGGGAGUGCUCGUAGCAUUCAGUGCUGUGGCAGGACUCAGACGGCAUCAAUGGCUCACAUUAAUACCAAUGCUCGUAUUUUCACUCGCGGCAGGACACAAACUAAAUAUAGUAGGCCAACUGAUAGCAGGAAUUUUUUUAUCACUUGGUAUUGGGUCACUAUAUUGGAACGAUCAAGGCAUAUUUAUUGUAGAGACUUUAUUCUUUCUAGUGGCAAUAGUGAGGUCACCCGUAAUGGAUUUAGUACCCAUAAUCCUUGGACAGCCUUUAUUGUAUCUUGUGGCAUUACGUAGACAAAAUCGACUAUGCAUCAUGAUCAGUGGAAUGCCUUUCCUGUUGUUUGCUACUCCUUCGUCGUGGCCGCUGCUUGCGCCCUAUCCCUCCUCAUCACCUCGUUCUCUCUCGCCCCCCUCUCCGUCAUCAUUGCGCUCUGGAUCCUCCUCUACUUGUUCAAAGAAGACUGUUUGGUGUUGUGGAGCCAUAGCAUAAGCGAUCGGUGGGUGUGGCGGUGAUGUUUUCUUGUUUACCGUUUUUGUUUCCUCCCAUUUCUUGAAAUUCCUUCUUACUUUUCGACAUCGCAUGGUAAAUGAGAUGGAAAUUUGCCUUUUUUAGGUCAGUAUAGAUGUGGUAUAGAUGUGGUAUAAAUGUGCCGAGAUCAGUUCUUGUUCUAGGCUCUGGUAGCUCCUAAUUGAGUGCUUUGUGCGGCAUGGUGGAGAAUUUGGUCAUCAUGAGGCUUUGUUGAUUUUAUAAAAGGAAAGGAGGAUUAAUUUGGUUCGUGUGCUGCUGUUGAAUUUCCAAGUAUAUUGUUGAAGAUUGUUAAAGAAUAGAAAGAUUGUGCAGAA